AUGGAGCUGUUUGAGCUCGAGCCGCUGCUUCUCGUCAACUCCUAUCUGAUGAGCCUAUUCGGAUUUUUGAGCAAUCUCGUUUGCCUCUAUUUCAUUAUAACCGUCAAAACUGAAGAAAUGCGCAAUUUCAGAUGUCUGCUUCUAAUUUACACAUUCUGUGAUGUCAUCUACACAAUUCUUCACUCAAUCGUCCAUCCGAGCUUCGCGCUAACCAACAACGUCUAUGUGUUCUUCUCCUACCGCGACUGGAAUUCCGUCGUUCAUGGUCGCAUUAUGCUGACCAUAUUUGGAUACGUUUUCAUCCAAUCAAUUUCCAUUCAAAUGAUUCUAUUCGUCUAUCGAUUCUGGACGAUUUCCUACUACGUCUUUCCGAAAUUCUAUCAAAUCCCAUUUAAGAAAUUAUGGAUUACCUUGAUAAUUGUUAUUGUGCCUUUAAUUUAUAUCUCAUUUCCGAUUUAUAGUCUUUGGGGCAAUCCGGGAGUUUCGAAAAUCGAGCUCGAUGAGGUGCAAGCUCGCAUUGUCACCCAAAAACAGCAUUUUGCACAAUUUUCGGCGAAAGUUGAUGGAAGCGGAGCGGAUUAUCACACGGUUAUUGCGGCUUUCUUCGUUUCCUGUCUACUUAUAUUGAUCGAGAGCUGCGUCAUCGUCGUGUGCACAAUAAUUCUUGCUCGCCUCACCACAGCUUCGUACAUGAGUUUGCGAACGCGUCGAAUCCACCGCCAGCUUCUCAUCUACCUGGUCACACAGACGUCUGUCACACUCGCCUGCACAGCCAUCCAGGUCGGACUGUUCGUCAUCUCGGCGGCUCUCAACGUCUCGCUCUCUCUAUUCGGCACACUCUCUACCGGCCUGCUCGCCUGGUUCCCAGUACUCGAUGCUGUCAUUCUUCUCACAUGCGUAUCGACUUACAGAUUGGUGGCGCUUCGCAAAAUCCUUGGCAAAAAGAAUUCGGGACCAAAAAAGAUGCGCAGCUUUUCCAUCUCACUUCAGAAUACCGAGAACGCGAUUUGCGAUGCCAAUAUGACAUGA